AUGGUUAACUUUGUCACUUCUAUCACUCUCCUCCUCACUGCUGUCUCUACAGUUGUUGCUCUUCCCAACACUCUUGAGAAGCGUGCUGUGACAUGCAGAGAUGACCGUCCUAACAGUGAACUGGCCAAUGCCAACGAAGCUGCUGCAUGCAUCGACUACCUCGCCAGCCUAGGCAACCAGGCUUGUGUUGCUACUAUCUCUGGCCAGUCUUUCUGCCGACGUGGAGAUACUCAGAUCACUGGCCUCGCUAGAGGUGCUCCUACAAGAACAUCUACCUGCCAAGAGGUCGCUCGCGGUGCUGGUUUGAUUCUGGAUAGAUGCACUCGUGGUGAUGGCAAGGUCAGAGGCGCCAAUGAGGCCUGGGGCAAUGGCAACCUCCUCGUCGAUAUCCGCCGAGUUGUUCAAUAAGCUCCCAUCGGUCAUAAGUUUGAAAGAUCGGUCAAUAUUUAAUUAAACUUCAUAAUACCAAUGAUUUACUAUUGCCUACCCCAAAUCUUUGUACCUUGACACGUUAACUUUGAUUGAGAGCAAGAGAAAUAAUAGUCAAGACACGUUCACAGUGGUCAUUAGAAGUAUGACGAGUGAAGAUCAUUAUAUAUAG